AUGAAUAACGGUCUUAACGACCUGUUUCGCCAGGGAUCUAUGGGUUUAAACCCUCAGGAUCAGGAGCUGCUUAUGCCGUAUCAUCCCACGUCUAUGACUUCUCAGUCAAAAUUCACGAUGCGGAUCGUUAAUGCCCCACUCCCGGCCAAGUUGAAGAUGCCCCCCACUUUGAAAUUUUACGAUGGUACGUCCGAUCCGGAUGACCACAUGUUUGCAUUUGCCGGAGCAGCUAAGGUCAAACAAUGGCCCAUGCCGGCCUGGUGUCACAUGUUCGCUCAAACUCUCACCGGAUCAGCCAGAGUAUGGUUCGAUGGGUUGCCAGAAGGGUCGAUUGAUCAUUUUGAGGAUUUCCGGCGUAUAUUCUUGCAAAACUUCUGCCAACAGCGUCGUUGCAAGAAAGACAUUACUGAGGUACACCACAUAAAGCGCCACGAUGGAGAGUCCAUAGAAGAUUUUAUAGAUCGCUUCAACCGAGAGAGCACGCAGAUAAGCGGAGCAGUCGACCAGCUCCGGGUCUCCGGAUUUUGCCACGGGGUACGGAACAAUCAGUUGGUAGAAAAGCUCCACGAAGAUCUUCCAAAAACCAUGGAGAUACUCAUGGAGCGAGCUCGAGCUUUUGUCCGAGGGAAGAGUGCUUGUGGUCAGCCGAACGAAACAACCGCUAGAAAUUCCAAAGCUCGAACCACAUCAUGGAGACGGAACGCAUCGCCACCAAAAGAUAGAAACAACAAUUGGAACAGAAGUCGCGGUCCGUAUCAAAAAUCUGAUCGAAGCAGCUUCCGGACUGGGAACGUGCGAUUCAACACUUUCUCCGAACUAACAAAGUCACCGAGCGAAAUCCUCAGCACGGAAACUACUCGAUUUCCUACACCAUCAAAGCAGCGACCUACUUCGGAUAAGCACUCCAAGAAAUACUGUGAGUAUCACCGAGACAAGGGGCAUUCAACUGAUGAAUGUUGGGCACUAAAGCAGGAGAUUGAAAAGGCCGUACGGUCCGGUAAACUUUCUCAUCUAGUAAAAGAGGUAAAGGAUGGGAAGAAGCCCGCGAUAGCAAACGAUAACCCGAACACCGAGGCCGGAGCCGAGCCACGAGGGGUAAAACGGUCGAACCAGCAUAUGGCAGCAUGGAUGCACCAGCCCACGUAUUUCCCUCCCAUUGAUCCAGAAGACGCACGAGACGGACCAAUCACGAUAUCAGCUGUAGUUGCAGGGCACUUGGUCCGGCGGAUCUAUGUGGAUGGAGGAAGUGCCUUCGAGAUAAUGUAUUUACAAUGCUUCCAGCAGCUGAAUCCCCAAACAAAAAAGAAGUUGAUCGAAGUGUCUACCCCUCUGAUAAGCUUUUCGGGAGAGGUAGUUCGUCCAAUGGGACAGAUUACUCUUCCGACUACAUUCAAAGAUGGUGACAAGAUCAGAACCGUGCAGUUAACCUUCUUGGUCGUUCAGACCCACUCUUCGCACAAGAUAAUACUCGGGCGACCCGGGUUACGAGCCCUCGGAGCAAUCAGCUCUACGAUACACGGCGCAACUAAAUUUCCCACCGAAGCAGGUGUUGCCACUAUACUUUCAGAAUCAAAUUCAUUCGUAGCUGAGGUAAGACACGCAGCAGAGACAAGUUCCAAAAAAUCUGAAGUACCCACGGAGCUUUGGGCAAUCAACCCAGAGUAUCCCGAACAACAAGUGGCCAUUGGUGCACAGCUCCCGAAACGAACAAAGAAACUCUUGUGGGAAUUACUGAGUAACUCAAUCGAUGUUUUCGCCUAG